UGUAGGGAGAGUGUUAAUGAAGGACUGGUGGGUUGCAGUGAAUCGGUAGAGUAUAAAACAACUCCGAAAGUCCAAGAGGUUUGCAUCAGUGUCUGAGUGCACUGGUGUAGAGAUUCUCUGAGUCCCAUCGAAACAACACGCACAAACAUGGCACCUGUCUUCCACAUCUUGGGGGUCAUACUUGUAUCUGUCUUCCUGCAAAGCGCAUCAUCAGCUCAUCUUAAUGACACUAUCUUUGCCGUGACCGUGAGCUCUCAGGUGAGAGGAGGCUCGCAAGAAACUUUGUGUGCCGUCAUCAGCGGGCCCACGGAGCCCGUCACAUUGAAUAUCGCUCUGCACACCAAGUCUGGCAGCACCGUCAUCCUGACAAAGAGAGUCGAAAAGGACUUUUACCAGUGCCUCAGCUUUCAGGUCCCAGUAGUGCGGACGAGUACUGUGGCAACCAUAAAUGUCACUGUGAAGGGGGAGAGUGGCACAAUGAACAAGGACACCAAGAUCCUCAUUGUGCCCCCUGCUUUCAUCCACAUCGUCCAGACUGAUAAGCCCAUCUACAAACCUGGACAGACCGUGCAGUUCCGAAUUGUUUCCAUGGACUCCAGUUUUAUCCCUGUGGAUCGGCUGUACACAGUUGUGGAGCUCCAGGAUCCCAAUUUCAAUCGAAUUGCUCAGUGGUUGGAUAAAUUUGUUGCCACUGGAAUUCUUGAUCUUUCCCAUGCCAUGAUUCCAGAGGCACCAGAAGGAACCUAUGUAAUUACUGCCACCACCGACAAAGGAGAGAAAAUCUCCCACAGCUUUGACAUCAAGCAAUAUGUUUUACCCAAAUUUGAGGUCACUGUUCACCUCCCGAGUGUCAUUUCAAUCCUCGAUGAGCAGGUCACACUUAAGAUUUGUGGAAAAUACACUUAUGGAAAACCAGUUGAUGGCUCAGUCAAGGCGAUGUUUUGUAGGAACGCUUUCAGUUAUUCCUUGCGUUCUCCGUUUCAAACAAACAUCUGCAAGACAUAUCAACUGACGACCGAUCACAGUGGCUGUGCUAUCCAAAUAGUGAGCCUGGCAGAUUUUGCCCUCAACAAGUACCAUUAUGCUGAUAGUUUUGUGGUGACCGCUGACGUGGAGGAGCACGGCACCGGGGUGAUCCUGCAAGGUACAGGGCAGGCAAGCUUCAGUGCCAUUAUCAGGGCGGUCACUUUUGAAGAUGUCCCUCAAACGUACAAGCCCGGCAUCCGAUUUCAGGGAAAGGUCAAAAUGACUGGUCCAGAUAAUAAACCCGUGGCCAAUGAGCCUGUGUAUUUAUUUAGCCGGGAGUUUGUCUCUUUAAAGCUCACCACAGACAUAAAUGGCCUGGCCUCAUUUUCACUGGACACCAGCAACUGGAAGGGUGAUGUGAAUCUUCAGGCCAAGUCCAAACUGGUCGAAGAUGAGCAGUAUGUUCCAGAUCUGCGCAAACCAGAGUACAGGGCGGCCUAUAAUUAUGUUUCUGCUUUCUACUCAAAGAGUAGUAGUUUUCUGAAGCUCAUUCAGGUCAACGAGAUCGCCUGUAACAAAGAUGCAGAGGUACGAGCUCGCUACAUCAUCCAGGGAGAGGUGCUCAACAAGGGACAGCUGUCCCUUGACUUUUUUUACUUGGUGAUGUCCAAAGGAGUGAUUGUGCAGCAUGGGCGUCUCCCGGUGGCUGUUACAGUGGGUACAGUGAAUAAAGGAGAACUGAUCAUACCCCUCCAUCAAGUGAUCGACUUGGCACCAUUUGCACAGGUUGUAGUUUACACUGUGUUGCCUGGUGGUGAGGUUGUGGCAGACAGCUACGACUUCCCCAUCCAGCUCUGCCUCAAGAACAAGGUUUCUGUUCAGUUUUCGUCCCUCCAGCAGCUUCCAGCAGAGAAAACCACAUUGAAACUGCAGGCUCAGCCUGGCUCUUUGUGCUCUGUUCGAGCCAUUGACCAGAGCAUCCUCUUGCUGCAGCCAGAGACGGAACUGACUGUUGACUAUGUGUACAAUCAGCUGCCUCUGCAGAAGCUGUCAGGGUACAGAUAUGAGAUUGAAGACUUUCAUCAAUAUCCCUGCUUUCCUGGGCCCGUGCCAUUUCUUGAACCUGAGAUGUUUGUGGAACGGAGGGCCAAGCGCUCGCUUUUCUUUGGACCAACAACUCAGAUGGACGACAUUUACAGCAUCUUUAAAGAGAUUGGAGUCAAGCUUGUGACAAAUUCUGAUGUGAUGAAACCCUAUGACUGCCAAUACAGAUAUUCCAUUUUCAAUAGAGGUGAAAUUUUAGCGGAUGCAGUUCCAAUGUCCACCAGUGAGGUGCUAGCCACCAAUGAGGUGCUAGCCACCAAUGACGUGGAGAACAUUGAGGACCAGCCGUUGGAGACCAUUAGGACGUUCUUCCCCGAAACGUGGAUCUGGGACCUAGUUUCUGUUGGGGACAAGGGUACCGUGAAUGUGGAGAAGACGGUCCCAGACUCCAUCACCAAGUGGGCCGCUGGAGCUUUCUGCGUCUCCUCUGUGGGCUUCGGUGUGGCGCCCACCACUGCGCUGGUUGCCUUCCAGCCCUUCUUUGUCAGUCUGUCGCUGCCCUACUCUGUUAUCCGUGGGGAGGUGUUUACUCUAAAGGCCACUGUCUUCAACUAUCUCUCCAAAUGCAUCGUGGUGAAAGUUAUACUGGCCGAGUCUGACACAUAUACCUUCAAAGACUGUGACGACUGCCAAUACAGCAUGUGUAUAUGCAGUGAGGAGAGCAGAACCUUCUCUUGGAUUGUCACCCCAACUACCCUUGGCAAGGUCGAGGUGAAGGUGAGCGCAGAGGCCCUGAAGACAAACAUGCAAUGUGGCAAUGAGGUGGCUUCUGUCCCUGAAGUGGGCCGUAUUGACACUGUCAUCCGCAGCCUGCUGGUGGAGGCUGAAGGAACGCCUCAGUCCGUCAGUCACAACGCGCUCCUCUGUCCUGCAGAAAGACCGGUGGAAAAGAAAAUCUCUCUUGAGUUGCCAGAGGUGUUUGUUGUUGGAUCUGAAAGAGCCACUGUCUCCGUACUUGGUGACCUGAUGGGCCGAGCCAUUAAGAACCUGGACCAACUCCUGGCAAUGCCAUAUGGCUGUGGGGAACAGAACAUGUUGUACUUUGCGCCCGACAUUUACAUUCUCACCUACCUGAAAAGCACAGGCCAACUGACUGCUGAGCUUCAAGACAAGGCAACACGCUUCCUCGAGAGCGGAUACCAAAGAGAGCUCACCUUCAAGCAUGCCGAUGGCUCCUACAGCGCCUUUGGGGAAAGCGACGAGUCUGGAAACACCUGGCUGACCACUUUUGUAAUGAAGUCAUUUGGUGGAGCAAGGCCUUACAUCUUCAUUGAUCCCAAGCACAUUAUGGAUGCCAAAAAGUGGUUGUACUCAAACCAGGGGAGAGACGGCUGCAUCAGAUCUGUGGGGAAACUCUUCCACAAUGGCAUAAAGGGAGGAGUGAGUGACGACGUGACCCUGACGGCUUACGUCGUUGCCGCCCUGUUGGAACUGGACACAGACAUUAAAGAUCCUGUGAUCCAGAAGUGUCUGGGCUGUCUGAAGGAGGCAGCCGGCGCGAUGGACAAUUUGUACACCACGGCGCUGAUGUCCUACACAUUCACCCUCGCUAGGGACAAGGAAAUGAGAGACAAACUCAUCGCCUACUUGAACCAGCAGUCCAGCACAAUAGAGGGAACCCGACACUGGAAGCGGGAGGAAACCUCUGGGAAAGGACUGGAUUCUCUGGAAGUGGAGAUCACCUCCUAUGUGCUGCUGGCGCUGCUCUCCGGGCCGACACUGCCAGGUUUUGGUUUGGACUAUACCAUUGGCAUCGUGCGCUGGCUCACACAGCAGCAAAAUGCAUUCGGAGGCUUCUCCUCCACACAGGACACAGUGGUGGCCCUCCAGGCGCUGGCGAAAUAUGGUGCUGCCACUUACAGCAUUGAGGGCAAGACUGUAGUGACGGUGACAUCAUUAGGAGGUCUGAACAAGGAGUUCACAGUGGACCAGAGCAAUCGGCUCCUGUACCAAGAGGAAAAACUGAGCGAAGUCCCCGGGGAAUACACCAUUAAAGCCGAGGGAGCAGGCUGUGUUCUGGCACAGAUCGCCAUGCAUUACAAUAUCCCGCCUCCGCCCGACUUUUCCGCCUUCUCCAUCUCUGCUAAUGCCAUUUCAAAGUGCAACCCCAGCAAGUUGCAGCUCAUCCUCUUUGUGGAUGUUAGUUAUCAAGGCAGGAGAGAUGAGACGAACAUGGUCAUCAUUAACAUCAAACUGUUGUCGGGACACAUUGUGGAUAAAAGCUCUCUGAAAUUGUUAAAGAAGGAUCGCUCAGUGAAGCGCGUGGACCUGGAUGACGGUUAUGUCAACAUCUACUUGGAUGGGCUGAAGAAAGAUGAGAAGAUGUCUUACAGCAUGACACUGAAGCAGGACGUCCCUGUUGAGAACCUGAAAGCAGCUGUGGUGAAGGUGUACGACUACUACCAGCCAAGUGAUGUGGCUGUGACAGAGUACACAUCCCCCUGUGCGAGAAAGCAAGUCUGAGUAAGAGUGACGUUAUCAACUAGCUUUAAAUGAACAGAGGAGAUGACUCAGAUUCAUAUCUGGAAGACAGUUCAUCUAACUUGUAGACGUGUUUUCUUUCUUUCCUUUGGUGUUUGAAUUUUGA